UGCUGCCCGUGGCGCUGUGAUUGGCCAGCAGGCGGUCUGGCGAGGGGUGAAGUGGGCGAGUGGUGGGCGUGGCGUGGCAGACACCAGAGGGUUACGAUUGUGCAGGGUUCGUCGCAAUGUCUGAGGCUGCGUUCCAGAAGGCCGCUGAGGAGGUGAAGCAGCUCAAGUCCCAGCCGACAGACCAGGAGAUGCUCGACAUCUACAGCCACUACAAACAAGCCACGGUGGGCGACGUAAAUACGGACCGCCCUGGUAUGCUGGACUUUAAAGGCAAAGCAAAGUGGGAUGCCUGGAAUGCAUUGAAAGGAACGUCCAAAGAAGAUGCAAUGAAAGCUUAUGUAGCAAAAGUGGAAGAACUAAAGGGCAAAUAUGGCAUCUGAGGACUGGAUAUAACAGCCACUUGCACGCCUGAAACAUGCCUUAUUUCUAAUACUGUGGAAAACUGGUUUCUGAGAAGCAUUUUAAAUACCUAGUAUAUUAUAGUUGGUUCUCCUCAUGCCUGUAGUCCAGGAGAAAUUGUACCCGCCUAAUGUACUGACACGUUAUAGAUUCCUUCUGGGAACAAAAUCUGGAACUCAUUAAAGUGCAUUUGGUACUUGAGGUGUUGUGGUGGU